AUGUCUUCACCACCUGCGAGCAGCUCCCCCGUCGCGUCUCCGGUCGCGUCCCGGGACUCUGCCUCUCCCAACAACGGCCUGGAGUCGCCUUUUGUCGAACGCAGCAACCCCAUGGGCUCCGGCAUCGCCCAAACCGUCAGCUCCCGCGACCCCAAGGCCGCAGCUCAGGCCGCUACUGACAUGAAGAACGUCGUCCGCCGCAAGCUGACUGGCUACGUCGGUUUCGCCAACCUGCCCAACCAGUGGCACCGCAAGAGUGUCCGCAAGGGCUUCAACUUCAAUGUCAUGGUUGUCGUCCACCCUCGUGAACACCCUGUUCAACACCUCGCUCUACCCCCGAAGGAGCGCACCGGUCCUAAUGCCGAUAUUAUCCCCAAGACCGUGUCUAUCCAGUCGACCAGCGCCGACAUUGAGGAGAACGGAGUACGUCUCCGCCUAAGUGUGAUUGAUACCCCCGGCUUCGGUGACUUUGUCAACAACGAUGACUCCUGGCGCCCAAUUGUCGAGAACAUCGAGCAGCGCUACGACACCUACCUGGAGGCCGAGAACAAGGUCAACCGCAGCAACAUUGUCGACAACCGCAUCCACGCCUGUGUUUACUUCAUCCAGCCUACCGGCCACUCCCUGAAGCCCCUGGACAUCGAGGUGAUGCGCCGCCUGCACACCAAGGUCAACCUGAUCCCCGUCAUUGCCAAGGCCGAUACAUUGACCGACGAGGAAGUCGCCCUUUUCAAGCAGCGUAUCCUUGCCGAUAUCGAACAACACUCCCUCCAGAUCUUCGAAGGCCCCCGAUACGAGCUUGACGAUGAGGAGACCAUUGCUGAGAACCAGGAGAUCAUGUCCAAGGUUCCCUUCGCCGUUGUUGGUGCCAACUCCGAGGUGACCACUGCUGACGGUCGUCGCGUCCGUGGCCGUAGCUACCCCUGGGGUAUCAUCGAGGUCGACAACGAGGAGCACUGCGACUUUGUCAAGCUGCGCCAAAUGCUGAUCCGCACCCACAUGGAGGAGCUCAAGGAGCACACCAACAACUUCCUGUACGAGAACUACCGGUCCGACAAGCUCACCCUGAUGGGUGUUGCCCAGGACCCCAGCGUCUUCAAGGAGGUCAACCCUGCCGUCAAGCAGGAGGAGGAGCGCGCUCUGCACGAGCAGAAGCUGGCCAAGAUGGAAGCCGAAAUGAAGAUGGUCUUCCAGCAGAAGGUCGCGGAAAAAGAAAGCAAGCUCAAACAGAGCGAAGACGAACUCUAUGCCCGGCAUCGCGAGAUGAAGGAUCAGCUAGAUCGCCAACGCGGAGAACUCGAGGACAAGAAGGGUCGCCUCGAGACCGGACGCCCCGUCGAAGAGAAGGGCAAGCGAAAGGGUUUCUCGCUUCGCUAAUGUCCAUGUCCCUCCCAUUGCUUUUGCCUCUGCCUAUACUUCUGGCAACUAACUGAUCCCACUCUCGUUCCCUUUUUUUUCCUUACACUUGUCACCCAUCACACUCCCUCACCAUCCCAUAACGCAACUGCUUUCUCACUGGAUGGGCCCGCGCACCGAAAAAAGAAUGGUGUUUUUUUUUCUUACCGAUUGAUUGAUAAUACGAUCCUGCGAGGGUCAGCCUGGGACCUUUCACUUCUUGUGAUGUACUUUUUGCUACGCCAUAUCUUGUCUUGCCGCUUUUUCUGUGUGCCCUAUUACCCGCUCAUUUCGUUUAUUUUCUUAGUGUUUGGGACAUUUGGUUGUUUGUUCGCCGCCUGUCCGUGUGUUAGUCAAUUCAGCGCUUCAGCUUUAGAC